GGGUGGGGUGGGACCGCGCGCGGCCUCGGGUGCUGGCGGGACGGGGCCGCGUUGGCGCGGUGUCUUCCGCCCUUCUGCGAUCCUCUGCAUAUUUUGUCUUUUUUUUUUUUUUUUUUUGCAAUUUUAAACAUUUUGCAAGGCGGUGGGUUCAAGACAGGUGAGAGCAUCCCGCAGGUCGCCGUCCAGGAGCCGGGGGGCACUUGGCGCGCUCUCCGGAGACAGGCUGCACUGGAAACCUGAAAGUUUUUGGCUUUUAUUUUUUUAUGCAGAUGCACUUAUAAAGAUAUAAGUACAUUUUUGUUCUUCCCUUGUCUCCAAGCGAGUACUUUUGGCAAAGGACGGAGGAAAAAGCUCAGCAGCAUUUUGGGGGGCGGUUGUUGUAUUUUUUUUUUUAAGAAAAAUAUUUGCAUCGCAAUGGAGAAAAUGUCCCGACCGCUCCCCCUGAACCCCACCUUUAUCCCGCCUCCCUACGGCGUGCUCAGGUCCUUGCUGGAGAACCCGCUGAAGCUCCCCCUUCAUCCUGAAGACGCGUUUCAUAAAGACAAAGACAAGGACAAGAAGCUGGACGAUGAGAGUCACAGCCCGACCAUCCCCCAGUCCGCCUUCCUGGGACCCACCUUAUGGGACAAAACCCUUCCCUAUGACGGAGACACUUUCCAGUUGGAGUACAUGGACCUGGAGGAGUUUCUGUCCGAAAACGGCAUCCCCCCCAGCCCUCAGCACGACCAAAGCCCGCACCCCCCGGGGCUGCCGCCCGCCUCCUCCGCUGCCCCCUCCGUGGUGGACCUCAGCAGCCGGGCCUCUGCACCCCUUCACCCUGGCAUCCCGUCCCCGACCUGCAUGCAGAGCCCCAUCAGACCAGGUCAGCUGUUGCCGGCGAACCGCAAUACACCGAGUCCCAUCGAUCCCGACACCAUCCAGGUCCCGGUGGGUUAUGAGCCGGACCCAGCAGACCUCGCCCUGUCCAGCAUCCCUGGCCAGGAAAUAUUUGACCCUCGCAAACGCAAGUUCUCCGAGGAAGAACUGAAGCCACAGCCCAUGAUUAAGAAAGCUCGCAAAGUCUUCAUCCCUGAGGAUCUGAAGCAGGAUGACAAGUACUGGGCAAGGCGCAGAAAGAACAACAUGGCAGCCAAGCGCUCCCGCGACGCGCGGCGGCUGAAGGAGAACCAGAUCGCCAUCCGCGCGUCCUUCCUGGAGAAGGAGAACUCAGCCCUGCGCCAGGAGGUGGCCGACUUGCGCAAGGAGCUGGGCAAGUGCAAGAACAUUCUGGCCAAGUACGAGGCCAGGCACGGGCCCCUGUAGGACGGUGUGGAGGGGGCUGGCUUUGGACUAGAUGGACACUGCGUUCCCCGUAUGACAGCACCACACCCCACCUGCCCUUCCCGACGUCAGCACUUUACCGGAGGCAUCAAUCAACACAACUGACUCCCGCUGUGGCGUGUGCGCGCUGGGCGCACGGGCUUGAGCGCGCGUGUGGCCAGCGGUGUGCGUUCCUUUGCACUUGCCAUUUCCAGAGAACCCUCUCAUCCUCUUUUAGCUCCCCAAACAGAAAGGUGCCAUGUUUUUACUGGACUAUGGAGACCUCCGGCGGGGUUUCCUGCCCCUCUCCUCCUCCCCACUCCUGCCCUUUCCACGCGGCUUCGUGGUCGCUCUUCCCUGCUCUGCCAGGACCCUGUGUUUGGAUCCACCGAAAGGGCCCUGGGAGAACAGUAGCUCUCAGUUUUCAAGACCCGGCUGUAAGUUACCAUGCCAACACGGUGCACAAAAGAACCCAGCACUACUCCGCGCCCUCUUCAGCUGUAGGUCGCUUUCCUCAUCUUUUCAGUUUGGAUGAUCAUCGUCUUCGCAUUGAAAGUGCUGUUUAGAUUCAUUAGAUCCCAUAUUUACUUAUCGUGCCACCCACUGAGUUUCCUGUCAUUCCGCCCACCCCGGAUCCAUAAGAGUACUCUCACAGACCACAGAGUGUGUGUUUGCACUGUCUGUACCUAAAGCAAUAAUCCUAUUGUACGCUAGAGCAUGCUGCCUGAGUAUUACUAGUGGACGUAGGAUAUUUUCCCUCCCUGAGAAUUCCACCCUCUUUUAAAAAACAAAAAUGACAGCAAUGCAUUUGAGCAUGCCCAGAACAUCCCCACCCAGGACAGGGAAGUAGAGGGAAAUGGCAGGUCUGAGAAGGAAGGGCUACUUUAUCAGCAUAGGAGCCAAAAAAAAAAAGAAAGAAAAAAAGUGCAUUUUGGGAAUGGCUUUUGACAUGGAUAUGUUUGGUUUUGUUCUCUCCCUUCUCCCAUAACCCUCCCCCCUCACCCCAUUUUUAUAGUUAACUUUUUCCAUAGCCCUCUUGAUAUUCCCAACAACUCCAUUAAGAUUCAGUUUCCCCCGUUUUUUGUAAUAUAUAUAUUUUUGUGACUUCUACCUGGCUGUUUUUAAACAUCAGUUACGUUAAUGAGUUGGUGUUUUGUAUGACCCCUUUUCCUAGCGGUGCCCUUUUCGAAUGCUUCAUAAAUUAAUGAUUCUGGAGCCUACAGCUCUUAUCCUGUUUGCUUUUGAACGUAUGUGCUUUUAUAAUGUGGACUUCUGAGAAAUGAAUGUAAAAGACACUGGUGUAUCUCAGAAGGGGGUGGUGUUGUCACAAACUGUGGGUAAUCCAAUCAGUUUAACUGUUUACUAUAGACCCAAAGGAGAGAUGAUGAAAUUGUCUAAUGUUUAUACAGAGUAAUUAUAGGAAGUUCUUUUUUUGUACAGUAUUUUUCAGAUAUAAAUACUGACCAUGUAUUUUGGAAGACAUAUAUUAUAUAGAGCAAAGAGAAAAGGAAAACUAGUCCAUGUUUUGAAAUUAUAUAGCAAAGAUAUAUAUAUAUAUUCAUCAACGUUGUACAGAGAAGGGCUUGGGGGUUUUGAUGUCUUUAAUAUUGUAAGCCUAUCACUGACACAUCAGCAUGUUUUCUGCUUGGAAAUUUCACGACAGUAUCGAGGCUCGCUGUGCUGAAUCCCGCUCUAACAUAUAGAAGGAGGUGUCUUGUUUCCUAGUUGGUCUCAGAAAGAAGUCAGUGAACGUCACCCAAAAAGCACAAAAUGGAUGUUAGUCAAAUAUUUAUUGGAUGCUACCGCGUUUUUUAGGGAAAGCAUCUGCCACAAAAAUGUUCACUUCAAAACGAUGACUUCCUGGACUGGAAUCUCACUGCACACACCCCGCGCAGCUCAGUCCUUCCCGUGGGCACGCGCGUCUUAGGCAGUUGGCGGUCGAUAUCGGUGCUAUGUGUGACUUAUGACUUGAUGGAUGUUCUGACUUUAAAGAUAGUUCUUCCGUUUUGCUCAGUUGUGUCAUGUCAAGAGAUUCUGCUGUUAUUACAAAGAAACACUUUGUGCUGGAUUAAAACACCCUUUCCUCCGUGAGAUUUCCUAGUUUCCUGCGUCUAGAGUACCUGAUUCUUUAGUGACCCGGUGGGCUCCUGGUCAGCCCGCCAGCAGUUGUCUCGUGGUGUGAGAGUCUCGGGAAACCCGGCUGGGCGGGUAUUCCCACCAGGUAUUCAUUCGGUCCCAGGCGACAGAGGACAGUGGGCGAUGGAAGAGUGUUGGAACUGAAAUGCAGUGCUCAGGUGAAUCACUCACAACAGAAACAAGCAAGACCUUGGGCGAUCUCAGGCCGAUGUGAAGAAGCGAUAUUCAGUAAGACACACAAGUGAGCCAGGGUUGGCCUUUUUAUCGGAAAAGAGGCUCAUUGCCAUAAUUGUUAAAUGGCACUAUUCUCUAAAGCAGAGACAAAUGAUAUAUGUAAGUGGUGACGUUGAAGGGAGCAUACCCCGGACCACCCAAUCCAUUGAUGUAUAAAAUGGUAGCGCCCCCCCCCCCCCAAAAAAAAACAACAAAAACUGCAUUUGAGUGUUGGUCUUUCUUGAAAUUAGAUUGUUUGUAUCAAAUGAGCAUCACAAAUGUUUUCUGCAGAAGAAAUAAAAUGAUCAUAAUAAAACGUACUCUUUCACGUGCCAGGAAAGGUUUCAGAAGCCUACCUCAUCUUCAACAAUUUUGAACUUUGGAGUCUGCACAGGUGCCUUAUAUGUAGGUCAUUGCCACGGCACACACGUGAGCACUCGCUCCUGGACUCGCUGCCUUCCGCCCAGGCCAGUUACCUGGGAGCGAGGCAGUUCUGCUAAAUGCGUGGGGGGCCGUGGCCCAGUGUGGCAUGACUCCAGUCCACCGGAGUCAGAGGAGUUCUGCAGACUGCAGCUAUUCUAACAGUCCUGCUGUCAUUUCCCCCCUUUCCUCAUAAGCAUCUUUCAGAGAUCAGUUACUUGGCCAUUAACAAUGAAGCCCAGUGGUGGCGUGCCAACAUCCUUUAGACACGAUUUGGAAUGAGUGGUCCAGGGCUUCCUGCUGAGGUCCCAUCGCCAUUUCUUCGGCCCAGACUUGCAGAGAAAGGCCGGAAUUGCUCAUCCUGUCCUGCCCAUGCUACCUGUGGCGGCAGGCGGGGGCGGGCGGGCUGUAAGUGGCCCUCUCCUUCUCUUGAGGAAGUGGCUGCCUUGCCCCUGCAGGCGUGGAGGGCACCUGCAACACCGUCGCUUAGAGCAGAAGGCCCUGUGUUGGAGGAGGGUGCAGAGGCGAUUCUGGCGUGGGCUGCGCAGGACGCUGUACUAGGUAUCCCAGUGCUUCCUUUCAGCUCGCUGGUCUUGUGAGGGGCUCAGAAUAAUUCUGCAUGUGCAUUGACAAGGUCUUGGGUCUAUUUUUGUUUUGUUUCUUUAGCCUGUUUUUUUAUGUAUUUUUAUUGAUUUCAGAGAGGAAGGGAGAGGGAGAGAGAGAUAGAAACAUCAAUGAUGAAAGAGAAUCAUUGAUCGGCUGCCUCCUGCACGCCCCACAUUGGGGAUGGAGCCCACACCCUGAGCAUGUGCCCUGACCAGGAAUCCAACCGUGACCUCCUAGUUUGUAAGUCGACUGAACCCCACCUGCUGGCAAUAAUACCAUUUUUAAAAAAAUGAGCACAGCCUUAGCCUCGAUCUUGAUGAAUUGAACUUGGCACAAAAGUCAGUACAUUUCACAGAGGGCCAAAUGUAUAUAGGGGUGUGUGUGUGUGUGUGUGUGUGUGUAACUAUUUAAGUCAAAACAUAAAAAUCUUUAAUUUUGGAGCACCUUACCAAACAUCACAAUAAUCUACCAUUAUCUUUUUGGCAACACCACAAAGAUUGCAUCCGCUAAACAGGUAAAAGUUCACAGGAGGUCGGUUUAAUUGUGUACCAUGAUAUGGGCUGUGUUUAUGCUGUUCAACGCAAACCUUUAUCUGUUAUCCUUAAUGUUUAAUAAACUUUGAAUUUUUUUCCUUUC